GUCCGCGGCCCCCGCCGGCGCGCAGGGCGGCCUGGCCCUUUAAGCGUCCAGACGGCGGCCCCAGCUGACGCGCGGGCUCCAAUCGGCGCCCCGCGCCCCCCGCCCGCCGCGCCCGAGGCUCCGGGGCCGCAGCUGCUCGGCGGCUGGACUCGCCGCGGCCCAGCGCCUCCGCCCGCCCGGCCGCGCCCCCGGGGGCCAUGGUGGCGGGGCCCUGCGCGGGGGCGGCCCCCAGCGCGGCGCUUCAUGGAGCGGCCCCGGCCCGGCCGCCGGGGGCAGCGCGAUCCCGCGGGGCCCUGUGAGCCCCCAGCGCCACGGCACCAUGUUGCUGGUUGAGAAGACGACGGACUCACCGGCGGCCGAGUUCUCUCUGGUGGAGGACGUGGCGCUGCACUUCGCCUGCUUGAUGGGCCGCCUGAACGAGCAGCGCCUCUUCCAGCCCGACCUGUGUGACGUGGACCUGGUGCUGGUGCCCCAGCGCAGCGUCUUCCCGGCCCACAAGGGUGUGCUGGCCGCCUACAGCCAGUUCUUCCACUCACUCUUCACCCAGAACAAGCAGCUGCAGCGUGUGGAGCUGUCCCUGGAGGCGCUGGCGCCUGGCGGCCUGCAGCAGAUCCUCAACUUCAUCUACACGUCCAAGCUGCUGGUCAACGCGGCCAACGUCCACGAGGUGCUCAGCGCCGCCUCGCUGCUGCAGAUGGCCGACAUCGCCGCGUCCUGCCAGGAGCUGCUGGACGCGCGCUCCCUUGGCCCCCCGGGCCCUGGCGCCGUGGCCCUCGCCCAGCCCGCUGCCAGCUGCACGCCGGCCGCGCCCCCCUACUACUGUGACAUCAAGCAGGAGGCUGACGCCCCGGGCCUGCCCAAGAUCUACGCCCGCGAGGGCCCCGACCCCUACUCGGUGCGCGUUGAGGACGGGGCUGGGGCCACGGGGGGCACGGUGCCUGCCACCAUCGGGCCGGCUCAGCCCUUCUUCAAGGAAGAGAAGGAGGGUGGUGUGGAGGAGGCCGGCGGGCCCCCGGCCAGCUUGUGCAAGCUGGAGGGUGGGGAGGAGCUGGAGGAAGAGCUUGGGGGUUCUGGCACCUACAGUCACCGGGAACAGUCCCAGAUCAUCGUGGAGGUGAACCUCAACAACCAGACACUGCACGUGUCCACAGGGCCCGAGGGGAAGCCAGGCACUGCCACCGGCCCGGCCACCAUGGUGCUGGGCCAAGAGGAUGGGCUGCAGAGACACUCAGAGGAGGAGGAGGAGGAUGAGGAGGAGGAGGAGGAAGAAGAAGAGGAGGAGGAGGAAGAGGAGGGCCGCGGCAGCGGAGGAGAGGAGGAGGAGGAGGAGGAGGAGGGUGGCAGUCAGGGAGAGGAGGACGAUGACGAGGAGGAGGGAGGGCACAGCGAGCAGGAGGAGGAGGAGGAGGAGGAGGAAGGGCACAGCGAGCAGGACCAGGAGAGCUCUGAGGAGGAGGAGGAGGAGGAGGAGGACGGGGAGGCAGCGGGCGGGCAGGGGCCGGGGCGCCGUGGCAGCCGGGCAGACCCCCCACCCCACAGUCGCAUGGCAACACGGUCCGCCCGGCGCCGGGGCCCCCCUGAUCCCGAGGAGGCGGGGCGGCAGGGUGGGAAGCGGCCAAAGCCCCCCACAGGAGGGGCUCCUGCCCCGGCUCGAGGGCCACAGGCCGCUGACGGUCUAGGGGCAAAGGUGAAGCUGGAGGAGAAGCAGCACCAUCCGUGCCAGAAGUGCCCGCGUGUUUUCAACAACCGCUGGUACCUGGAGAAGCACAUGAACGUGACCCACAGCCGCAUGCAGAUCUGCGACCAGUGUGGCAAGCGCUUCCUGCUGGAGAGCGAGCUGCUGCUGCACCGGCAGACAGACUGCGAGCGCAACAUUCAGUGUGUGACGUGUGGCAAAGCUUUUAAGAAGCUCUGGUCCCUCCACGAGCACAAUAAGAUUGUGCACGGCUACGCAGAAAAGAAGUUCUCCUGUGAGAUUUGCGAGAAGAAGUUCUACACCAUGGCUCACGUGCGCAAGCACAUGGUCGCCCACACCAAGGACAUGCCCUUCACCUGUGAGACCUGUGGGAAGUCCUUCAAACGCAGCAUGUCACUCAAGGUGCACUCACUGCAGCACUCCGGGGAGAAGCCGUUCAGAUGCGAGAACUGCAACGAGCGCUUCCAGUACAAGUACCAGCUGCGGUCACACAUGAGCAUCCACAUCGGCCACAAGCAGUUCAUGUGCCAGUGGUGUGGCAAGGACUUCAACAUGAAGCAGUACUUUGACGAGCACAUGAAGACCCACACAGGGGAGAAGCCCUACAUCUGCGAGAUCUGCGGCAAGAGCUUCACCAGCCGGCCCAACAUGAAGCGGCACCGGCGCACGCACACCGGCGAGAAGCCCUACCCCUGCGACGUGUGCGGCCAGCGCUUCCGCUUCUCCAACAUGCUCAAGGCGCACAAGGAGAAGUGCUUCCGCGUCAGCCACCCGCUGGCCGGCGACGGCGCGCCCGCCGCCCCGGGGCUGCCCCCCGCCCCGCCCCAGGCCCCGCCCCUGCUGCCCGGGCCGCCGCAGGCCCCGCCGCCCCCGCCGCACCUGCCGGCCCCGCCGCCGCUCUUCCCCAGCGCCGCCAGCCCCGCGGGGAGGCUGAACCCCAGCAACUAACGGCCUGCCCGCCGCCGCACGGGGCCCGGGACCCGCCCCUCCUCCUGGCGGGGGGCAGCAGCGCCUCCAGAGCUGGCUAGACACGCGCGGCCCGAGGCCCCGGCCCCGGGGGGCUGUGCGGGCUGGCAGCCCCCAGCGCUGGCGGCGGACACGUCUCUCGCAAGGGCCCCCUUUCAGUGACUCCUUGAAGCCUUUCCUUUUUUUUGGUUGGUUGGUUGGGUUUUGGAAGUGGAGGAAAAAGGCAAGCGAGGAAACUAUAGGCAGCUUCCCCCUCCAGGUGAGGGGGUGCUGGAGGCAGCAGGUACUGGGGGGGGGGGGGGCCUGGGGAGCAGGUGUGACUGGUCACGCUGCUGAGGCCUAAGCCAGAGGGGGGUGGCCAGGCCCAGUCCCGGUCACCUUCAGCCGCUCACCCCCACCUCUCCUGAGCCCCCUAACUUGCCCCUCAUCCUGGAGGUUUGGGGCAAAAGUUGGGGUGACGUCCCUUUUUGGAGGAGUCGUGGACCCAGUGUGAGGGCUGUGGGUGUCGAGGCAGGGACUUGAGCCUGGAUGCCCGGGGGGCGUGGUGGGUGGGCAUGGUGAGGUGUGAAGACUGCUGCUCUGCAGUGUGGGGGGGACGGGGCGGGCAGGGGCUGGACCCCGGCAUUUGCUUUCGCCACUCAACCCUGCCGGCAAGCACAGGGAUCUGCAGCCUGCACCGGGCUGCGCCAAGGGCCCUGGGUCCUGGAGGAGAUGUCCCCAGAAGCCGCUGGGCCUCAGGGUGUUGUGGGCCAGGCCCUGGGUGAGCAGAUGGGCUGGCUCCCACAGCACCAGCUCCCAGGGACUGCAGCCCAGGAGCCCCUGCACAUGGGUGGACCCCAGGGCAAGACCCUAAAGAGGAGGCUUGGACAGAUGUUCUGAGGUUUCAAGGUGCUAUCCGUGGGGCAGGGGGCAGGGCAGCUGUUCACGGAGCACCCCAUCCCUCACCAGCUGCCCCGGCCGAAUCUCCCACACUAGAGAUGUGUGUGUCUGUGUCCGUCUCUGCUCCCUGAAGGCAGCACAGGCCUCAACCACUCCCUAGGCCUGGCCACAACCCGCCUCUGGCUGGUGUCCAGUGGCCUUGUCCCUCCUGGGCCUCUGUGCUCAUGGGUGGGGCGAGGAGCCUGCAUGAUCAGGCCCUGGGGGUCAGGGUCGGGGUAUUGGGAGAGCCCUAGCCUGUGCCCAAUGCUUGCCUUCAUGAGGCCAGCACUAAUAGGACAUCCUUUUUUGUUGUCAUUUAAUGUCUUUAUUCCUGCCUUUACGUGGGGAGGAAGGUUCCAUAAGCUACACCUUUCCUAGUCAAGCUCUUUCCUGUUGUGUUUAUACAGUUUUGUUUGUUAUACUCUUUGCACCUUAAACCCCUCGACUACCCCCACACCACCACCUUCCCAGCAUGGCUGGAGUGGGAAGAGGCCUGAGCCCCGGGGGUGGGUUGGGGGCACUGGUCCCCUCAGCCCUUGGGCUGAGGGGGUCGGGACCCCUCUGACCUCCUUGUAAGGCCCAGGGCCCUGGGGCAGGGGGCUGGGGACAUUUUAAUCAUCAAUAAACGAAGCACUUUAUUCUGUA